GCCCGCCCCGAGCGGCGGCGGCGGCGGCGGCGGGGGCGGAGGAGGCGACGAUGCCGCGGGACAACAUGGCCUCUCUGAUCCAGCGCAUCGCCCGGCAGGCGCGGCUGACCUUCCGGGGCGGGGGCUCGGCGGCCAAGGGCUUCCCGGAGAACCUGAACGAGCUGAAGCACCUCCUCGACGAGGUCCGCGCCGAGGACCUGAACAUCGCCCCGCGCAAGGCCGCGGCGCCGCCGCCGCCGCCGCACCUCCCGCCCGUCACCUACAUGCACAUCUGCGAGACGGACGGCUUCAGCCUGGGCGUCUUCCUGCUGAAGAGCGGCACGUCCAUCCCCCUGCACGACCACCCGGGCAUGCACGGCAUGCUCAAGGUGCUCUACGGGAAAGUGCGCAUCAGCUGCCUGGACAAGGUGGACGGCGCCGGGGGGGAGGCUCCGGGGCCGGUCCUGCCGCCGCCGGUGCCGCCGCCCGCGGCCGCCCUGCGCCGGGCCGUGCUGCGCUCCCGGGCCGAGUACACCGAGGCCAGCGGCCCCUGCGUCCUGUCGCCCCAGCGGGACAACCUCCACCAGAUCGACGCGGUGGACGGGCCCGCCGCCUUCCUGGACAUCCUGGCUCCGCCCUACGACCCGGACGACGGCCGGGACUGUCACUAUUACCGGCUGCUGGAGCCGGCGGGCGCAGACAAGGAGGCCGGGGCCGCCGCCGCCGUCGUGCCUCGGGAGGUCUGGCUGCUGGAGACCCCGCAGGCCGCCGAUUUCUGGUGCGAGGGGGAGCCCUACCCCGGGCCCAGGGUCUCCCCGUGAAGCCCGGGGCCGCCGGCCUCCCUGCCCGUUCCCCGACCCCGCCGCCGGGCCGCCUCCAAGCCGGGAACCGCUCGGAGGGGCGGGGAACCGGCAGGAGGAGGAGGAGGAAAGGGGGGAGGAGCCACCGUCCUUCCAUCCCAAAGCCAUAGGGACGCUCCGUCCCCCUCCGUUAUCUCCCCCCACUCCGGAGCGGGGAAAAAAA